UUUGACAUUCCAUUUUUUUAAUGUGAAAUUGUCACGUUUGCCCGAAAUAAUAGCAAUGAACGAAGCAAACAUUUUUUGUAUAAACAGGUUUGACUUUGGAAUUCCAUUGGAAGACAUUUUCCCGUCUAACAGCAUCCACCCUCGACUACACAACCUCUUCUGGCAAGCAAGUGUCGCCCUAAAGCAAUCGAACUUCCGCCUAAAAUACGUACUUAAUCAAUUUGAAGGUACUCUGAGCGAUGUGCUAGACCUCAAGGAAACUCUAGUCAAUGGAAAACUACACCACUGCGACAAAAUGCCUCCGUCGUCUUUGUUUUGGCUACUGAGACACUUCUUAGGCCUUCUUCCUCUCCCACUCUUCCCCCAUUUUACAGACGGGAGGAGUUACAACUGGGAGUAUUUAGCGACUCAGUGCAGACUUAGCAAAAUGGACUCGGACGCUGAGCUAGAAUCAGAAAUUGCUUGGUGGGUACACAGACUCCCUAAAGUUAACAUCAUGUUAAUCUACACUUUGAUCAAUUUCUUGCGAAAAAUUUCAACGAGGCGUCGUUCUUCUACUAAACUCAACUGGGAGAACAUCAUGGCGGCUACCACUUAUUUUGGUCCGUCGCUAUUCGUUCGACCUUACAGACCAGGAAUUGUCACUAAAUCAGAUACUUUGUAUUUUCCACUACUGUGCUACUUGAUAGUGCACUGGACUAGAAUAAGGAGAGAAGAACACGAUUGCUUUAGACAGUUAGAAAAUAAGUUGUCUUCGAUUUGGGAGCACGAAGAACCCGACAAAGACAAAAUUAAAGACUACAACGAACUGUUAAGAUAUAGACUUUUGGAGUGUGGUUGUCAAACCAGUGCUUGGUUAUUGACAGCCACAAAUGAUAAAGAUAUCAGUGACGAAGAUUCGUUGUCAGAGCACAAACACGAAACGCCAAGGCUCAACUUGUGGGACCAAGAAGACAACGAAGAAGUAAAGACUGAGCAAAAUGAAGAUAUAGAAGAAAAACAAGCUGAUUCUAUUGAAAAUAAUCUUGACACAACAAUAUAUGAAGAAAUUUCCAACGACAAAAUAAACUCAAAUAGCGAGACGGUGAUCUACAAACAGAAAGACAGAAGCAUUUUCACCCCAAACACUCUUAAGAAAAAGUUAGUCAAAGCUAAUAUCUCUCUAGUGAAUGUCAUCUCCAAAGUUAAUGAAAAAUUGAAAUCUGGGCAGGAGUUGUUGAAGUCAAGAAGUGGUACGAAAGUGGAUAACGUGAAGUACGAUUUGUUGAAGGAUUUGGAGGUUAAGAAAGUGCAGUCGCUUCAGGUUAACCACGUUGUCACCGAAUCGCCAAACAUUAAAUACCAAAAAUUGAUGACUUUGUAGUGACUAUGUAGCUUGUGUGAAAUAAAUACUUCAGGUCUUUAGCAAA